AACAUAGUAGUGAAAUACAGUGAAAAAUGGCCGAUACAGCUACUGAAGUCGUUACCGCAGCAUCGGUUGCCGCAUCUCCAGCCAAGACACCGAAAAAGGCUCGUGCUCCUAAAGGAGAGGGUAAGAAACCGAAAAAGCCAGCCACUCAUCCACCAGUGAAUGAAAUGGUUUUAGCCGCCAUCAAGACUUUGAAGGAACGUAAUGGAUCAUCUCUUCAGGCCAUCAAGAAGUUUAUCGGUGCCAAUUACAAGUGCGACGUUGCUAAGCUCUCAACUUUCAUCAAGAAAUCUCUGAAGAGUGGUGUUGAGAAAGGUAGUCUUGUGCAAACCAAAGGAAGUGGAGCAUCGGGGUCCUUUAAAAUUAAAUCUAAGGACAAGACACCUGCGGGCGAGAAGAAACCAAAGAAAACUGCGGCUGGGAAGAAGCCUUCAGGGGAAAAGAAAGUUGCCAAAAAGGCAGCCACUCCCAAAACUGCUGCCGUCAAAAAGCCUAAGGCAGCACCAGCAAAGAAAGCGGUUGAGAAGAAGGCUAAAGCAGCCGUCGCCAAAGUUGCCAAAAAGGCUGGAACCGUGAAAAAAGCGGCCGCUCCCAAACAGAAAGCAACCAAACCAUCGAAAACAGCGGCGAAGAAGCCUAAAACUCCAAAACCGAAAAAGGCUGCACCGGCUAAGAAACCCGCUCCGAAGAAAGCCGCCGCCAAGAAGUAAAGUUCAGUCGAUUGAAAUGAUUUAAAAACAAACAGUCCUUCUCAGGACUACAAACACAUUGAAUCGAAAGAGUAACAAAAGUUUUUCACCUCAAAUAAUAAUUCAAAUGAUUUUUUUAUAACAGUUAAUAUACAUUUUCACACAUCUGCAUCAUGUGUCCAACAUUGUACACUAUUAAGAAUGUUCAUAUUCUAACGAAACGAGA